GGCCGGGGCCCGCAGACUUACUUUGUGCAGAAUGUCAUCUGAUGAGGAGAAAAGCACAAGUCCAGUUUUCCCAAAUGACUUUGUUCAGCACAGUUCUGUUUCUUCAGAUCCUCAGGAUGAAUAUGAAGAGCUGUUUCGUUAUACUGUAGUGACUCCGAAGUUUGAGCAGUGUGUCUCAAAGUUUCCUGAACCUGCCUCAGAAAAGAGACCAUCUGAAAGAAUUUACAGGUUAACAGGUUAUGCCACUCACCAUAAUACUCCAGUCUCAACAUCAGUGAAGCAGGCCGGUAUGGAACAACCUGCUCUUCCAGAAACAACUUCUUCCACACAUGGUCCAGGAGAAGUCAGUAAAACCACAGUAACGGAAUUAACUUCACCAGAUGGAAAAGUCACUCAAAUAGAAAAUAUAGUUGAUGUCUGGAGUGGAAGUCUUAAGACAAAUAUUCUGACUGAACUGAAAACUUGGGAACUUAAUUUGAUUCAACAACACAAGCUUCAAAUGAGACAAGAGAAAGAGAAACAUGACACACAAGUGAAACAACUGCAGAAUGAGAUGGAAAACCUGAAAGAGUUACUUCGUACUUAUGAAAUCUCUAUUAGCAGGAAAGAUGAGGUAAUUACUAACUUGACCCAAGCAUUAGAAAAGCAAAAGGAGAGAGUAGCAUUGAUGAGAAAGUUUACACUGUGGCGGAUUCAGCAUGUAAAAGCCAAACAAGAGGAAUAUGCAAUUAGAAUGGCAGAUAAACAUUUCCAGACAGCUUUGAUGAAGAAAGUGUGGGGUGCAUGGCGCUCUGUUAGUGAAGAAAAAUGGAAAGACAAAGUAGCAAGAGCCUGUCAGUUAAAGGCAGAAGAUGUAUGUGUUCAGCUCACCAAUGAUUUUGAAGCAAAAAUUGCAGAGUUAACUGCUGCUUUGGAACUGACAAGAUCUGAGCUUCUGCAACUGCAUAGUGAAAGAGAUCAGUAUGAAGACACGAUGAAGAAAGCCUUUAUGCGUGGUGUAUGUGCUUUGAAUCUGGAAGCAAUGACCAUGUUUCAAAGCAAGGACAGUAGGCCAGAUCCUGAUACAGGAAGUAGGAGAAAUGAUCAUGCAACCACUGGUGCAGGAAGGCCACCUCCUUCACAAUAUAAUCAACCCUCACCACCACCUCCACCAGCAGCUGCUGUUCAGGUGGAAAACAUGUUUUGUUGCCACCUGGCUCAUGCAAGCACUCCUGAGACCAGGCUAGAUUCUGAUUCUCCAGUUAUCAUCACUAGCACAACAUCAGGAUCUGGUGUGACAUCAACGCAAAAACUGUCCAUGCCAAAAGUAAUAACAUCUGCACAACAGAAAGCAGGAAGAACAAUCACUGCUCGAAUCACAGGCCGAGCUGAUAUGGGACAAAAAUCCAGAGCUUCUGGGAGUUUAGCAGUGAUGGGAGUUGCUCCACCCAUGAGUUCAGUUAUUGUUGAGAAGCAUCAUCCAGUCACUCAGCAAACCAUAUCACAAGCCACGGCUGCUAAGUAUCCUCGAACUGUGCUUCACUCUUCUGGCUCUACCUUUGCAAGACCUGCAGGACAAGCUGGGCGAGUGCUUCAGAGCCAAACUCAUACCAGUGUUCAGUCAAUAAAAGUUGUUGACUGACUGACUGUCUUUCUCACCAGUAGGGCUUUUUAAUCAAGGUACCACUUCCCCGUCCUUUCAGAUUUGAUGCAGUAAGGCCUAAAGUACGUAUCAUGUUUUUACCCUUUUCUAAAAAAGGAAGGUUUUUAAAGUGAAAGUGCUUUUAUAAUAAAACCUGGAGGGGAAAAAAGAGCUUGAGCUUGUUGUUCUACCUCCAAACCUUUUAUUAUCAA